UUCUUCAAGAGGUGGAGUCUAACAUUGCACUUACUCUAGCCCAUGUAAUAGGUUUGGUAAUAUGUGUUAACAGUUUUAAGAGGACACACAUUAUUCUAGAAAAGGAUAAACCUUUUUUGAAGUAUUUUUCUGAGCUCACAGAUAUUAAGGAGACCGACAUGGAGACACAUGGGAAACAAGGUGAAGUUUUUCUACAACACCAGAAACAUGGUGAGAAGUGGAAGAGAUAUUGGUUGGCCCUUCAUCCGGCCAGUCGGCACGGUAUUGCACGGUUAGAGUUGUCAGAAGCUAUUCAAGAACGGUCAACUGUGGUGGUCAGACGGCAUCCAGAAAGGAAGGUCAUCCGUCUGGCUGACUGCGUGAGUGUUGUUAAGCUGCCUCCUCAUGCAGAGGCUUGUCCUGGAGAAAACAUGGCCGCUUUUUGUGUGGAGACCGAGGAGAAGAGGCUGGUGUUCGCAGCAGAGAGAGAAAGCUGUGGAGAAUGGGUGAAUAUCAUAUGUAACAUCGCCUUUCAGAAACAAACUAAAAGUGCUCCACUGCCGGUACCACAUAUGGAGGAUAAUCAGAUCUACAUGUCUAGAGAACAAUUGUCCGAGUUCAAAGUGGUAGUGCUACAAAGCGAUGCUUCAGUCCGCUGUGGCCUAAAAGGACAGUACUGGCUGCAGACAGGUGAAGAUAUGCUGCUUAUACAAGAUCUGGACACCAGGAGGACAGUGAUGGAGUGGCCAUACAAGCUACUGCGCCGUUAUGGUCGAGAUAAGAUGCUGUUUUCUAUAGAAGCAGGCCGACGCUGUGAAUCAGGUCCAGGGACCUUUAACUUUGAGACCCAACAGAGUGAAGAGAUCCUUCGCCUCAUUGAGUCUGCUAUUCGCCAACAGAAGAGCCUCAGUGUUGCUAGAGAGAGGCACUCGCCACAUUCUCCACGCUCUCGUUCUCCUCGCUCCCCCCUGCCCAAACGCCCUGAAAGUUUGCUUUCGCUUGACGCAGAGGGCAACAGCAGCCCUAAUUCAGCAGAUGCCCUCGGUCCAAACUUCAGCCCCAUCUCAAAUCCUGCACAUAUAAAACCUGCAAGUCCUAUUUGCUUAACCGAAGUUGUGUAUGCAAACCCUGCAGAUUCCCUAAGAUCAUCACAAAUGACGCACUCGGAUCCUGCUGACUUGAUUGAGCCUGUGUAUUCAAGUCCCACAGUUUUAAUAGGCAAGCAUGAGCCUGUGUACGCACAGCCAGAUCUCAUUAAAUCUCUUCAUUCUUUAAAAGACGAUCCUCUCCCAACUCCUUAUAAAGAUGAGCCAGUGUAUUCUGACCCGGUUGAUGUCAUCCGCCCAAAAGCCAACACUUGUGUUCAGGCCAAUCCUACUAACACAACAGACAUUCAACCUAAAACAGUGUCAAACAAUGUCAAGCAUCCAGAACCUGUAUACUCUGAGGUGUAUGACCACAUUGCACUAAUCUCCCGUAAGAAAGCUGACCAGACGUUUGAGGAGCCCAUUUAUAGUGUGCCUGAAGUUGUAAAGUCAACUCAAAACAAUAAUUUGCAACAAAACAAAAUGCCUGAGGAGCACCAACCUAUCUACAGCAAAGUCAACAAACCACCCAAAACUCCUUACAAAGAUAAGAAGCCAAGCCUAACGUCAGAAAUUGUCUCUGAGGACCUUGGACUAAUUUAAUUAAAUAUGCAACUGAAUAUGUCUUCCCAAACAUGCAGUCUUUUUAAAUAUUUUAUUCCAAAAUUUUUGAAAAUGUAUAUUUUAAUAAUUUAUUGACUCACUAUAAAAAUGUGCGUUGGAAU